UCAGUUAAAUUUAUAAUUAUGGAAAACCCACAUUAGUACUAACGAGUUUCGUUUGGCAUUUUGCUAAAACUCCCCCAGCUGGUUUCGUCCGGGUAUACCAGUACCGCCGUCCAUAUAUUAACUUCAACCGGUCAACCAGGUUUCACAGUACCAUUGAUUCUUUUUGGUUAACAAGUCACGGUCAAGAGUGUCCGAUUUCGCAUUUUAUUUAGAUUUUAUUAUUGUGUUCAAAGAUGUCGAAGCGCGUCAUCGUAGCAGGGAUCGUCUUUGCGAUAGCCUUUAGUGCAGCCUUAGGAGACGAUCUGCCAGUAACCCAACAAUGCCUAGGUUGUAUCUGCGAAGCCAUCUCGGGAUGUAAUACCACCGCAGUGUGUUCAGGAGACGUCUGCGGCCCCUUCAGAAUUACUUGGGCAUAUUGGUCCGAUUCCGGAAAGCCAACCGUAAGGGGCGAAUCUCCCGAAUCCGCCACCGCAUAUGCUAACUGUGCAGGGGACACUUAUUGCGCUGCAUUGUCUGUACAAGGAUACAUGAGUAAAUUCCAACAGGACUGCAACAAGGACGGCAGAAUUGACUGUGAUGAUUUCGCAUUGAUUCACGCAUUGGGCGGUUACGGAUGUGCAGGAAAUAUGCCGGAACCUUAUGGUCAACGUUACAGGCAAUGCAAGGCCAUCGUUGGGGCGGGACAAUAAAAUUAAUAUUUAGUCUUAUUUAAUAUUUGUUUGCCAUUAAGUUUUAAGUUUAAUCUGUGACAAGUAAAAAAUAGUAAAUUAUAAGUUUUGAUAUCGAAUUCACAAGAUA